GGCGAGAGAGAGAGAACGAAAGAAAGAGUUACACACACUCAACUGGAAUUCCAAACCUUACGCUGUCAUAUCCAAGCAGAGGUAAGACAGCCAAAGUUAAACGCCCUACCAACCAGUACGAGACGGCUGAAAGUCAAGUGCCACGUCGAGCCGAGCUGGGCUUGAUUUUGUUGGGAGACUGUUACGAAGCCUCCUCCGUGUUUACUCCUGGAGGCCUCUGUCUUAAAAAAAAAAAAAAAAAAAAAAAAAAAAAAAAAAGCAAGCUAGUGAGCUAACCUGUUAGCAUGCUAGCCACAAGUGCUUGGGUAUUUCGAGGAUCAACUUGUGCCGUGGUGGCAAUACCGCGACUAUUUUUGUUAUAAUCGUCGAUAUAUGAGAGCGUGUACGGUGGAUAAGCGUGUGGUUACGUGUGUUCAACACCGCGUCUGCUUGAAUAUCUUCCGCUCAGACUGAACGCCGUGCACUUGGUCAACUGCAGUUAGCAUUUUUUUUUUUUUAGCUUUGCUAACUAGAGUUAGCUGCGGUGUGGCAUCAAAGUCUCUCCCCAAAACCUACAACUACUCUCAACAUCAUCGAAAUAAUACGUCGUAACACAUCAGGGGGCUACUUUACGAACACGUUUAGCAAUGUUCCUACUGUCUGACGGGCUGUCGAGUGUUAAUGUUGUUAACGUGAAAGAUUUCAAUGAGCCAUUCAAUUGGUGAAGUCAUUUCAGCGUGGUUGUGAUUUUACACUACGCAAAAGCACCGAAUAGCUUUUACGCAUGACACGGUGGGACUAAGUUACCAGCAUUUUUAUGGCCCCUCCAGUCUGGUAGUUUCACAAACGUGUCACUGGUGCAUUUUAUGGUCCCAACAACUUUGCUCUUUAUUGAGCGGUCAUUCAUGGUGUAGCGUAACACUUGUUUAAAUGUGUGCAACCAUGACUGGACAGCGGGUGUGUCCAAAUAAAUUCCAAAAUUGUCGUCACAGUGCCAACUAGUGUUAUGUUUGUCCCCUUUCGAAACGAUUCAUUGCGUUAAGUUACAACUUACACGUGGCUUAUCCUGGCUUCCCAUAUGGUGAGUGGAGUUGGGAGGCGACUGUCGCCCCACUUCCAUUUGUGGCUCAUUUAACUUGUCCUGAAUGUGACAAGUUAGGUGGACACAAAAAGCUAAAUGACGACCAAUCUCGCAUGGCUUCAUCACAUUCCUACUUGUACUUGAAGUUAAGGCUAUACUUCCCAUGUCAUUUACAGGUGUCUGACAUAGUCAGCCACACUCCAAGAGCUAAAAUAGCUUUAGCACAUUGAAAUUGUACACUUGUGUGUGAGUCAGUCAGUGGGAUGGGCUCUGUCGUGGGGGGCAGGGACAUAUUAAAUCAGCUGACAAAAUUUCUUUCCAAAUGAAACAAAAUUGGUUGAGUGCGAUACAACAUGUUACUGUACAUCUUAACUGUGAGAACAACGGGUGAAAUCUUGAAAUCUUACAAAGCAGUGACAAAGCGUGUGAUUGACUAAUAUUUUUUUUAAUGAUUUUUUUUUUAUACACAUUCAUAGACCUUCAAGGAAGAAUGGCCGAGACCCAGACACUUAACUUUGGACCAGAAUGGCUCCGUGCCCUGUCUGGAGGUGGAAGAGGCGGCGGCAGCGGAGGAAACGGCAGUAGCAGUGUUGCUUCACCACCUCUCUCGCCCGCAUUGCCAAAGUACAAACUUGCAGACUAUCGUUACGGAAGAGAAGAAAUGUUAGCACUUUAUGUAAAAGACAACAAGAUCCCUAUAGACUUGCAUGAUAAGGAGUUCCUGCCCAUAUUGCAAGAGGAGCCCUUGCCGCCUCUUGCACUUGUUUCUUUUACAGAGGAAGAACAGAGAAAUUUUUCCAUGACUGUAAAUAGUGCUGUUGUACUCCGGCGAGGACCCGGUCCAGUAGUGGGGGCACCUCGGGGCCGAAGUACCUCAAGGGGCAGAGGCCGAGGAAGAGGAGACGGAGGGUUUUACCAAAGAAGUUUUGAUGAUGUGGAAGCUUUUGGCCGUGGGGGCAGGGAGAUGCAUCGCUCCCAGAGCUGGGAGGAAAGGGGAGAUAGAAGGUUUGAAAAGCCAGGACGGAAAGACCCAGACAAUGCCCAAGGACAUUUCCAAAUGAAUCAUGUUCGAAACAACUAUGAUGAUACUGGGGCGGGCCUGCCGAGGAAACACGACUUCACGCGCUCGGAGAGUGAGAACUGGCGUACCUCUCGGGACGAUCAGAAUGAUGGGCCUCGAGGUGGAGUGUGGCAUCUGGAGCAGCGGCGCCGUGUCCCAUUUGACUCACGAGAGGAUGAACGCGGCUACCGGAGGCCACGGUCGGGCAGUGGCAGCCUGGAUGACGACAGGGACACUCUGCCUGAGUGGUGUCUGGAGGACGCGGAUGAGGAGGCAGGCACCUUUGACUCGUCGGGUGCCUUUCUCUCACUCAAGAAAGCCUCCAAAGAGCCCAUCCUGGAGGAGGCAGAGUUGGAUUUUAAACCCUUGGAAGAGUGUGAGGAGAUGCUAGAGGAAGAAGACAGUCAGCCCAAAGAGACGGAAACAGAGGCCAAGCAAGAUUCUGACCGAAAAGUAUUCACAGGAGUGAGUGGGGUGUCUGAGGAGGCGCCAUCUGUUCCUUCGCCUGCCCCUCUACCAAUCCCAGAGGCCAAGACUACUCCCAAGUCUGUGCCGCCGAGCCAUCCCAACAGAAUGGAGGAAUCUGAGAGGCUGACGGAAAGGCAACUGCCCCUGGAGCGACCACCAGAACCCUGCAAAGUUCCCCUGCAUGUACCCAUGUUGAACAGCAUGCCACUACCCAUGACCCGUAUCUCCACCACCCACACAGAUGUUCGGACACCAUCAACCACUAUGCAGAAGCCCAUGGAGGUUCCUGUGGCCAUGAACAACCCCCUGCCCUUUUCUUCAAGUGUGUUGGCCCCCAUAGCCAGGCCCAUCGUCAUGUCACAUGACACAGAGGAAGAUGAGGGGUUGAAGCACUUUGAGCAGGAAGCAGAGAAGAUGGUGGCUUACCUGCAGGAUGGCGUGGUGGAUGAUGACAGACUUGCAGCAAAAACCUCUGAAAAGCCCAAACCUGCAGGCCUGCCUCUCACCCACAAGGCGGCACUCAAAUGGUUUUACAAAGACCCUCAAGGGGAAAUACAGGGACCAUUCAGCAACCAGGAGAUGGCAGAAUGGUUCCAGGCAGGUUACUUCACCAUGUCCCUCCUGGUUAAAAGAGGCUGCGAUGACAUUUUUCAGGCCUUGGGGGAGAUGAUGAAGAUUUGGGGGAGAGUCCCAUUCACUCCAGGACCUGCGCCACCACCUCUCCAGGGGGACGCCAAUCAAGAAAGGUUGAAGAGGCAGCAGGAGCUCACUGCUCUCAACCUUUACCAGUUACAGCAGCUACAAUAUCAAUACCUGUUAAGGCAGCAGUAUGCUCAGGCCCUCGCCCAGCAGAAGGCUGCAGUCCUGAGCUCGGCUCCUCUUCAACAGCAGCAACAACACCAACAGCAGCUCAACCUGCUUCAACAGCAAUACCAGGCUCUCAAGAUAAGAACAUCUGAGAGCCUUCUGCCUCCUGUUUCACGUUCCCUGUCUGUACCCGACUCAGGUUCUGUAUGGGAAAUGCAGAACCCGUCCUCUCAGGCUUGCUGCACACCAAAUCUCCCCCCAGCUACUUCAAGCACAUGGGAUGGCAGCAGUGUGUGGGACUUGCCCAUAGACUCCAUGGCAAAGGCGCCUACCAUCGAGCAGAUGCAGCAGUUAGAGAAAUCAAAGGCUGCAAAGUUGGAACUGGAGAGGCGUGAAGCCGAAAUGAGAGCCAAAAGGGAAGAAGAAGAGCGAAAGCGUCUGGAGGAGGCUCUGCGGGCUCGUCAAGAGGCGGAGCGUAAGCGCCUAGAGGAGGAGGAGUUGGCGAGACAAAAACAGGAGGAAGCUCUGAGACGACAGAGAGAGCAGGAGGAGGCACAUAGGAGAAAAAAGGAGGAGGAAGAGAGAGAGGCACAGGAGGAAGCCCUGCGAAGACUUGAAGAGAGGAGAAGAGAAGAGGAGGAGAGGAAGAAAAGGGAGGAGUUCCUUCGCAAACAGGAGGAGGAGCGCAGAAAACAAGAGGAGCUGGAAGCAUUAAGGAGGCACGAAGCGGAGAAGCGGGCAGAGGAGGAGGCGGCGGCUGCUGCUGCGGCUGCGGCGGCGGCAGCUGCUGCUGCUGCUGCGGCGGCGGCUGCCCUGGCUGAGCAACAGCAGGAGGAGCAGAAGAGGAGGGACCAGGAGGCGCAACGACAGCAGGAGCUGCAGAGACAGAGGCAGCAGCAACAGGAGGCUCUCAGGAGACUGCAACAGCAACAGCAGCUUGCACAAAUGAAGCUUCCGUUGUCAUCAAAGUGGGGCCAGCAGUCUGCCAACACUAACAACAAGAAUCAGAACACCCUGUCACUGGCAGAGAUCCAGAAGCUGGAAGAGGAGCGGGAAAGACAGGCACUAGAAGAGCAGCAGCGCCAGCAGCAUGAGCUCCUGAAGCUGCAGCAGCACCAGGCUCUGCAGCAGGCCCAGCAGGCCCAGGCCAAGUUGUCGGGAUGGGGGCAUGCCGCCAAGCAGGCGCCUGUUAUGAAGUCCCUUCUGGAGAUUCAGAGGGAGGAAGCGCAGCAGAUGAAACAGAGGAAGGAGCAGCCGCCACAGCAACAGCAACAACAGCAGCUGCAGAAUCCCAUCUUUACCCAGCCGGUCCGACCGCAGAACAGAACUGCAUCUCUGAGCAACUCCGUGUGGGGCUCGGUGAACACCAGCCCCUGCUCAAACUGGGCGGUGGACGCGAGCAGCAUCUGGGGCGACACCCACAACUCCAACAUGGGCUUCUGGGACGAGGCUGUGAAGGAGGCCGUCCAACAGCCUCCCCCCACUAGGAAAGGAAAUGCGCAGAAAAACAAGGGCAAUGCCAAUCACAGUCAUUCAUUGAGCGGGCGUGCAAACAAGAAGGUAGAGGAGGAAGAGAAGCUGCUCAAAUUGUUCCAAGGAGUCAACAAGAGCAAGCAGGACAGCUUCAUGCAGUGGUGUGAGCGCACUCUGCACAGCCUCAACACAGCCAACAACCUGGAUGUUCCCACGUUUGCGUCGUUCCUGAAAGAAGUGGAGUCUGCAUACGAGGUCCACGACUACGUCAGGGCCUACCUGGGGGACACUCCUGAGGCCAAGGACUUUGCCAAGCAGUUCCUGGAGCGCCGUGCCAAACAGAAUGCUAAUCAGCAAAAAACUUCACCGCUGCCGCAGAACCAACCGCAAGCCCUGAAACAGCAGCAGGAUUCUGUGUGGGAUGGAACGGGAUCAUCAACACUCUACCAGGCCAACCGUACAAGCGGUCAACAGAAUCAGCAGCAACAGCAGCGCUUUGAGACUGUCACCUCAGGGAAGAAGAAAAAGAAGCAGAAGAUGGUCCGUGCAGAUCCUAGCCUACUAGGUUUUUCUGUUAACGCAGCUUCUGAGAGAUUGAAUAUGGGGGAGAUUGAGACUCUGGAGGAUUUUUAAGGGAAUGCAGCCAACACCCACUGACUGUUUCAACCAAGCCCCUAACUCGAACCCAACCCCCUCUCAACCCCAGCUGUCAUACUGUAGUUCACCUUUUUCUCUAAGGUCCUUGACCUUAUUUGGCAAUAUCUAAAAUUUAGCAAAUAUCAGAAAUAAGUGUCCUCUGAGGCUGUGUGUUUUCCAUUAGGUCUAACUCUAGUCCAUACAAUCAGAUAAUUCUGCCACAGUCGUCAGAAAUAUUUAUCUUCCAAUUUGGCCUCUUUUUUUUUUUUUUUUUUUUUGUGUGUUGGUGGGGAAGGUUACAGAGAUUAUAUCCAGAAUUUUUUGUUUUUAUUUAUUGAAUUUGAAUUUACUCCUCCACCUCAACACAUUCUGCCCUCCUUCCCUUCCCCUUUCCCCCCCGAUGAUGCUGGUUGUUGGUGGAUAAAGACGGCAAAGUUGAGCCCAAGGAUCGGUGCCUACUUUAUGUCCUGUUUUAAGGACAUGGUCAAAAGUCCCAAGUAGUUAUCUAUUUCUUGUAAAAUACUAGGCUGUUUAAAAAAAAUAAACUUUCAACUUGCAUCUGUAUUAUAAUAUAUGGUAAA